CUUUGUCAAUCCCAAAUGUCAUAUGUCAUCAGAUCAGACAGACAGACUAAUCAUUAAAAAAAUCAUUUUCGUUCUUUCAUUGCUUUGUAAAUGUAAAAAUAAUCGAAAUAUUCUGAAACAGAAACAGGACCCAAGAUAAUCGCUUAAACUAUAAACGAAAUAUAUCUGUUUAUUUUACAAUAAAAUCCUCUCAUUAACAUGUUUUAAUACAGCUACUACACUACCUCUAGACACUUUGUAAUAAAAUGUACCUAAUCGUUAUCGCGGCGUAACUUUUUGUUUGUGUUUUUAUAAACUCUUCUUCAUGUUGACUUUAUGCCAUGAUUAUUUUCGAGUAUCUGCUUUAAAUAAGAACAGUAAAGAUGGUCCACAAUUCAGCAGGAGAAAGUACUUUUUUGGCAUAUUCUUAUUACUAUUGGUUGUUAUUUUGUGGGUGUUAUCGUCGGAAUUAACAAAGUAUAUUUAUGUAGAGAAGACAUUGGACAGACCAUUCUUAGUAACUUAUAUACGUAGUUCACUGCUGUUUGUAUAUCUACUAGUGUUAUGCUUCACACCACCCACCAGCGACCCCUGUAGGCCUGCUGAUUACACACAAUUGUUAGAACCCACAACAGAAACGGAUGAUGAAAACUAUUUCACAGAAUCUGGGAACAGUUUGGGUGACUCAACAUUUGUCCCAGUCCGUGCUGGAGAAACCACAGACAGUGAUGAUGCAGCCCCUAGAGCGGUGCGUUUCAAUAAAGUAGCAGAGGUGCGUGUUAUGUCAGCGGCAAUGGCAGGCGAGGCGCUGCUGGCGCGGCUGUCGUGGCAAGCGUCGGUGCGCGCCUCGGAGUACGCGCAGCGACGCGCCGCCGCCGCCGCCACCAGGCGACAUCUCCGGAUGGCUGUGAUCUUCUCUAUACCGUGGUUCAUAGCCAACUACCUAUACCGGCUGAGUUUGAAGCACAGCAACGCCGCGUCGACAGCUACCUACACGUCGUCGAGCAGUGCGGUCGCGUUGACGUUGGGCGCUGUGUUCGCGCAGUCGCCCGCCGACCGCAUGACGCUCUCCAAGCGCGUCUCCGUGUUCUUGACCGCAAUGAGCCUGUUAUUUUUAGGUGUAGCAGAUGAUCAACAUAACUGGAAGGCAAUUUCCUCCGCUUUAGGCGCGGCGAUAUGUUACGCUGUACAUCUCCUAUUGCUCCGUCAGGAGCUGAAGAAGGGUAAUGGGAUCAAUUAUCCCUUACUUGUUGGUUUAGUGGGAUGCGCGUGCGGCUGCCUAGCGUGGGUGCUGGGUGGAAUACUGGGUGCGGUGGGGAUCGAGGCGGCCGAGGUGCCGCCGCCGAAGGUGUGGAGCUGGCUGCUGCUGGACGCGGCUGUCGGGCCUUUGCUGAUGGAAUCGCUGUGGUUGUGGGGCCGAUCGCUGACGUCGCGCGGGACGGCAACGGGCGUGCUGGGCGCGAUCCCGCCGCUGUCGGCGUGCGUGGAGCUGUACCGGGGCGCGGGGGCGGGGGCGGACGCGGACGCGGGGGCGGGGGGGGCGUGGCGCGGCGCGGGCGCGGCGCUGGCCGGCGUCGCCUGGCUCUGCGCCGCGCUCGACCUGCCCGGCUGCCGCAGGCUCGGCUCCGGCUCCAUACAAGCAAUAAGGAACAUCCCAGAUCUGGAAGAGCAGUCAGAAGCGCUGAUAUGUCCAGACGAGCCGACGUAGCGACCCGCCAACACAGCAAGCACUGAUUUAACUAUCCGGUAGUGUUGCCAAAAUGUCGAUAGUUCAGCUAUUAAUUGACCUUUAAAAUCAUUUAAGUGUCGAUAAUAUUAAUUAUUGUGACUAUUGAUAGUCAAGAAAAACCGAUAGCAUAUCGACACUUUUGCUUAGCUUCAACUAUUCACUAUUCGAUAUCGAACUAUCGAUAAGCAACACUACUCUCCGGACAUUAUAGCAUUCACGCGUAAACUCUUAAAAUUCAACCUCGUGUUUAACUAAAAUAUGUUUUGUCCGAUCUUAUCUAUAUUUGAUAUUGAAAGCACGAGACAAAAUAUGGAACAAGCAGUUGGAAAUCGUUAUAAACAAGAUAUCGUUUUCAACAGUCAAAAAUAUACAGAGGGUAUUCAAUAGUCAACAUUUAAAAGUUUAGGUUUAUUCAAAUUGAAUUUGGACUUCUACAAAUUUAUUAAACUGCAUUACAUUCAAACCAAAGCAUUCUCGGCUAGAAAAUAUAAAAAAUCCGAAAAUAAAUUAGCUAUAAAAAACCUAAGACUAGAGAUAUCAAUUUUUACUAUGUUUAAAUGCGCAUACCUAGACUUUUUUACUGUUGUAGUUGAAUAUGGCCACAAUUCGUGAAUGCUGCCGCCUGUAACACGUUUUGCAGAAUUCUCAUUGUGUUUCUGAGUAACUUUAGUUGUACAUAUCGUAAUUGCACUUGUGUGGCAUUGUCUGUUCAGAGUCCUAGUCUCAUAUGAGUAGCAUUUAUAAACGUUAAGUGAAACAUGUUAACCAUUAAUAUCCAUUCCAAAACAUUGUAGGUAUAAAUGCGUUUUGUUUGAGUGCAAUAUAAAUGAGUUUUGGUAUUAUGGAAAUAGGUUAGUGGUUUUAUUAUGAUCAUACAUAUUACCACUGAUAAAUAAAAACUAUAAUAUUCCAUAUAAUGAUUGUUGUCUCUCCUAAUAACUUUCAAAGGCUUUGCUUUGAACAAUGUUAAAGAACAUAUUUAUUAAGAAGAAGUAUGACUCGAAUGUGUCAGUUAAGGCUAUGUUACGCACUAUUUGUUUCUAGUGAAAUCAAAUUGAUGCGUGUCUCAUGUAUUACAAUAAGGAACGGUAGGUAGACCGAGAAAAUUAUAGACAAGGGGUGAGAUACAUGAGAUAGAACUAUUUCGUACGAAUGUUACUCUUGCCUGGUUCUACAAGGUAGGUAUGAUGAGCGCUCUGUGUCGUCAUGUAUUUCUAAUACAUGUUUCUCUUGUAUUAGCGAAAUGGGAUAUAUAACCAUGUCCGUAGUUUUCUCUUUCUACGAUUAAGAAUGCCGGAAAACUGGAACUUGAAGACUGGAAAAGAUUCAUGAUUUGUGAUGAAUGAAGGUCAUCAUUAAAUUAUAUCAGACAUAGGAUUUUUGCAGUCGUUGUUGACGGAUAAAAUCUUAUAUAUAACUUAAAUAUCACUAAAUAAUUAAUAGCUAUUGAUAAAAAGACAAUACAGUAAUGAGUUUCUCUUAUCACAAGCUUACACUUUCGUCUAUUUGCAAUUGAUUUAAUGUGAAUAAUGCCAGUGUACAUAAAUCUAUACGUAGCUGUGCCUUUCAUUUGUCGUUUAGUUUAGGGGUUUAUGUCAUGUACUGACGUGACAUGGAGCAAAAGCUGUUACCUAAGUAGCCGUUGCCGUAUCAUAAGGUCAAGGUCAAUGGGAAGUCACUCUCAGUUUUACUUUUGAACUGGAUGAAUUUAGAAUGUAGUAAGAAAAUAUUGUUUCAACACACUUGCUGGAAUUGUCUCGGCAUGGUGAUGCCAAUCAAUGUGCUAGACCUUUUGGUGAUAAUGGACUAUCGAAAAUUUCGAGCACUAUCAAUAGUGUGGAUAACAAAAUAAACAAUCGAUACUAAGAUACAUUUGCUUUUAGACUGUCGAUGGACUUGACUAUCGAUAUAAAGUAUUGUCACUAUCGACUGUUUAUUAUUUCAUACUAUCGAUACCAGUUUAUCGUCCACAUUAGAUAGAUUUAUCGUCCACACUACUGCUAUGGCAAUGUAUUUCGACCUUUUACUGUCAAUGUGGAAAAAUAUCAUAUGGCACUCGCGUGCAUUGGAUAUUGCGCUUCGUAUAGGUAUAUAUUAUCUAUUUGCCCACUUGUGUCCUAACAUAUGUGAGGUAUUUCGCAGUUUGUACUUACAUAAAGAGUUGAAUUGAAAGUGAAUGAGGUCACUAUGUCCUUUUGGUUGGCAUCAUUGGGAGCUUAUCAACCAAUUUUGACCUUUAUAUUUGGUUUCAGAAUAGCAAAAAUAUGUUGUUCGUUGAAAAAUCCGUUUUCUGCUUUUUAUAGACUUCACUAAAAUUAUCAAUAAUUUGUAUACAUACGAGAUUGAUGUCGGUAGGUAAUCUACACGUAUUACGUUAUGGUAUUUUUUAAAUUAUGGUGUCAUGCUCUAUUUAUAGAACACAUUUUAUAUUAUUGAAAUCAUUGAUAAAUAACGACGGACAUUAGAACUUUCAAGACUGAUUUGUUUAAAAAUUCAGGUGGAGGUUUCAUAAUAUUUAAAAAUAAUACAAUAUUUCGACUGUAUUAUUGUCAUACAAAAGUUAUCACAUAGAUUUAUAAUAGAGUAGCCGAACAUGUUGACAUAUUCUGUUAAUAGGUGUAUGAAUUUAAAUUAAUUUACUUUUUCAAUGAUUAUGAGAUGCAACGAGCGCAAAUCAAUCGCUUAUUACUAAUAUAAUACUUGCUGCUGUUCACAACUUAGUGUAAAUACAUACAUACUGAUAGUAAAUACCAAUUAGUGACACAGUAUUAAGUGAAUUGAAUAUUAUCUGUGUUAUAAGAUUUGUGGCAAUAGAUUUUAUAUUACUAAA